AUGCAUCUCUCCAAUAUCCCCUUACUCCCUCUCUCCCUCGUCCUCUUCUCAGCCACCCAAACUCUCGCCCAAACUUCCACAGACUGCGAUCCAACCAAGAAAUCUUGUCCAGCAGACACCGCACUCUCCGAGUCAGUCUACACCCACGACUUCACCACCGGCGCCGACAAUGAGAACUGGAAGGUCACUGCUGGCGACGUGAAGUACACUUCGAAAGGAGCGGAGUUCACCAUCAACAAAGCCGGCGAUGCACCCACUAUCCAAUCAAACUGGUACAUCUUCUUCGGCAGCGUGAGCUUCGUCAUGAAAGCUGCGCCCGGCAAGGGCGUGGUGAGCAGUGCCAUUCUGGAGAGUGACGAUCUGGAUGAGGUAGAUUGGGAGUGGCUAGGUGGGCAACCCGGGAAUGUGCAGACAAACUACUUCGGCAAAGGCAACACCACAACCCACGACCGCGAAGUCGACGCCCCAAUCCCCGACACCCAAUCCACAUCGCACAACUACACCAUCGCCUGGACCUCCACCUCCACAACCUGGCUCGUCGACGGCACCCCCAAACGCACACUCUCCUACUCUGACGCAAACGGCGGCUCCAACUACCCGCAAACCCCCAUGAACGUCCGCAUCGGCAUCUGGGCCGGCGGCGACCCCAACAACGCCGAGGGAACCAUCGAGUGGGCGGGCGGCGAAACGGAUUACAGCGCUGCGCCUUUUACGAUGGUGGUGGAGAAGGUGGAGGUGAGGAACCAGAAUCCCGGUUCCAGCUAUCAGUAUGGCGAUUUGAGUGGGUCUUUUGAGAGUAUUGUCGUUGAUGGCGGGGAUGGGAAAGUUAAGAAGAGUGGGAGUGAGGAUGGUGGGGAGAAGAGUUCGAGUUCGGCGACGAGUUCGGGGUUGAAGACGGAGGCUAGUCCGAGCGCGAGUGCGAGUGCGACGGUUAAUGUUAAUGUGGAUGGGGGUGUGGGCGGUGAGCAUGCGAUGGAGACGGGGAAUGCUACGGGGAGUGCGAGUAUGGCUAGUGUGACGCCGACGGGAAGUGCGACGGGCAGCGCGGCUGUGGCUGAGCAGACGGGUGACUCUGGUGCUGCAGCUGGUAAGAGCUUCGGUGUAGGACUCCUGGUGUUGUUUGGCGUCAUGACUGCGAUGCUGUAG